AUGUCUACUUUUAACGAGGCAAUUAGAUGCACAGAUAGCAGGGCUGUGAUCGAGCCGGAUAGCGGCCUCAGCCUCUCUUACAGAGAGCUGUCGCACAUUGUCGGCCACUUGCAAUUGAUGUUUCUCGACCCCAAGUCGCCGCUUGCUGGGAUUCCCAGGCAGGCUGCGAUCGGCAUAUCGCUCCCGAAUGGACUGGAGUUUGUAGCUGCGUUCCUCGCAGUUACAAUGGACGCAAAGGUGGCUGCGCCGCUCAACCCCAACUACAAGGCCGAAGAGCUGGACUUUUAUCUCGAAGAUCUGCAAACGUCGAUGAUUCUCGUUCCGAAAGGAUCCACCAGCGCAGGUAACACGGAGAUCCAGAAGGCUGCACAGAAGUGGCAGACCAUGCUAGUGGAACUGGCGUUCUCCCCCGAGCGCAACAGGGUCGAGUUCCAGGUCUUCUCGCCAAAAGACAACUACAAGUCGCCCAUCUACGACUCCGUGAAGCAUGUUGCGCGCUUCUUCAACGUUGAACCGAUGUUUCCAGGGAAGCCCAAGGCCGAGGACGUUGCGCUCAUCCUCCACACCAGCGGAACCACGUCAAAGCCGAAGACUGUUCCUCUGUUGCACCGCAAUAUCGUCACCAGCAUGCAGAACAUCAGCAGAACGUACCGCCUGUCGCCCAAAGACAACUCCUACGUGGUGAUGCCUCUCUUCCACGUGCAUGGGCUCAUCGGAGUGUUGCUCUCCAGCUUCUACGCGCAGGCGUCCGUGAUCGUCCCUCCGCGCUUCAGUGCCGGUCGGUUCUGGGCGGACUUUGUCAAAUACAAAGCCAAUUGGUUUAGCUGCGUGCCCACUAUCUCCCAGAUCAUGCUCAACGUGGAGAAGCCUUCCCCACUCCCCGAGAUUCGCUUCAUUCGUUCGUGCUCGAGUGCUCUAGCGCCAUCCACUUUACACCAGCUGGAGGAAGUGUUCCGCGCACCUGUCGUAGAGGCUUACGCCAUGACCGAGGCAUCGCACCAGAUGACCAGUAACGAGCUGCCCCCUGGGAAGCGCAAGCCCGGCACCGUCGGCAAGCCACAAGGCGUGGAAGUGGUCAUCCUCAAUGAGAAGGACGAGGUCAUGCCCCAGGGACAGCAGGGCGAGGUCUCCAUUCGCGGCUCCAACGUCACACCAGGCUACCGCAACAACCCCAAAGCGAACCAGGAGAACUUCACUCGUGCUGAGCACUACUUCCGCACCGGAGACCAGGGCUUUUUCGACGAAGAUGGCUUCCUGGUUCUCACUGGUCGUCUUAAAGAGCUGAUCAACCGCGGCGGCGAGAAAAUCUCGCCCUUGGAGCUCGACGCAGUCAUGCUAUCGCACCCUGCUGUGAACGAGGCCAUCGCGUACGGCGUGGCCAACACCAAAUACGGUCAGGUUGUCCACGCAGCCGUUGUCCUCCGCGCCGGCCAGAAGCUUGACUACGAGGGACUGGCAGCCUACAUGAAGGAAAAGGUGGCUUCAUUCAAGGUUCCGGAGCGCGUGUUCUUCGUGGACAAGCUCCCCAAGACCGCCACCGGCAAGGUCCAGCGCCGUAUGCUUGCUGAGGUCUUCUCGUCCAAGUCCAAGUUGUGA